GCUGGGGCGACGGCUGCUGGUGGCGGCGCGGGGGGGCGACACUACUACUGUACUAGAACUCAUGGCCAAAGGUGCACCCUUUACUACUGACUGGCUAGGCACGUCCCCGCUGCACCUGGCGGCCAGCAACAACCACGUGGAGACGUGCGCGGUGCUGCUGCGCGCGGGCGUGUCGCGGGACUCGCGCACCAAGGUGGACCGCACGCCGCUGCACCUGGCCGCCUACGCGGGCCACGCCGACGUCAUCGCGCUGCUGCUGCGCUACGGCGCCCAGGUCGACUGCAGGGACAUGCUGCGCAUGACGCCGCUGCACUGGGCGGUGCAGCGCGGGCACGGGGGCGCGGCGGCCGAGCUGGUGCGGGGCGGCGCGGACCCCACGGCGCUGUCCAAGUUCCACAAGUCGCCGCUGUCGCUGGCCGCCGCCGCCAGCCGCGCCGACAGCCGCGCCGACAUCCUCGCGCUCAUCGAGGACGCGCUCAAGCAGCGGGAGGCCGCGCACUCCGUGGACGCGCUCGUCACCGAACAAAGCAUGUCAGUGGAUCAAGACGCGCAGCCACAGAUAAACUUCGACCCGGUCCAAAACAUCCCGGGGCGCAGCGACAGCGGCAGAGGCGAGGAGCGCGCCCCGCAGGAACAGCCAAUCAAGAUCGAAAUAGAUAACAGGGAUAACGUAGAGAACAGCACGGAGAACAGACGCAGUGUAGCUGCGGCCAUACUGCGUGCGCACGGCAUCGCGCCCCUCCCGCCAGACCGCGGCUCCACGCUGCUCACCGCGCUGCAGAGCGGGCGGACCCUCGUACUGUCCGAUGCCGGUAAGCUAAUGCUGAAAGAAAGCACGGAGCCCCAAAACCAACCCUUUGGAGGGUCAAAGCCAGCCAAUAGUAGCUCAGGCGUGCUGCUGACUGCUACUCCUGUCAAGUCGCCGCCGGCCCCGGGAGUUAAGAUCUUCACCUUCAACAAGAUGGUCAACAACAAAAUCCCUAUCAAGAAAAUUAUUAAUCCUCAUGAUAUGCAGGUGAAGUUUGUCCAACUGCCCCCGAAUGCAAAAAUCAUAUCUCCAUCAAAAGUCAUUCCAGUGAAGAAUAAACCGAAAGUAUCUUCGGAGGCAGGUCGACCUGCUGUCAAGAUCAUCAUGAACAAAAACAAUUUCAAGAAACUCAUCGCCAAUGUCAAGAACAAUAACAAUACUGUGCAGAACAAAAGUGACGUCACUAAUAUUGCUGAAACUGGCAGUAGUGAACUGGAGACAGGCACCGGCGGCUCUGUGUGGCGACACGCGGCUGAGGGCGCUAGGCGAGCCGAACUAGCCGCCUGCAGCACCCAGCCGGCGGUACUGCGGGCCGCCUUGCACGCCGCCGCCACCUUGCUGCGAGACCUCACCGACACCCUUCGACACUGCGAACGACACCACACCUAGCGGCCCUACACUGGCGGGCCCUCACUCAGUGCUGCGGCCCCACACCUGCUGCGCCUGCACGCCGACACUCGAGCGGGCCCACACUCGCGGACUCCGCACUCUGACACAGUCGCGCGGGCCCGCACUAACGGACUCCGCACGCCGACACUCGAGCGGGCCCAGACUCGCGGACUCCGCACUCUGACACAGUCGAGCGGGCCCGCACUAACGGACUCCGCACUCCGACAGUCGAGCUGGCCCACACUAACGGAUUCCGCACUCCGACACAGUAGAGCUGGGCCACACUAACGGACUCCGACCACACACACACACACACCCACACCCUACUACCCACACUAACGGCUCUUAGGUCUACAUAUAACUUGACAAUGGACACCAGAAAGACUCAUUAAGGAAGGUAUAGGUCUGCAUACAUAGCAAAGCUUACCUAGGUAUUGUAAUCCUGGCUACUUCGUGAACUUCUAGAUUAAACACCGGCACAAAUAUUCACUAUUUUUAUUCCAAACAUCACAAUAAUUUAAUGUACAUAUUGUAUAAACUUAUUUCCCGAAAUAAAUAUUAGAUAAAUCAAUUUAUUCAUUGAAAAAUGUAACAGGGUAUACACAAAAUGAAAAUAUGUAUAGGUAUCAUAUCAUGCAUAAUCUCAUACCUUUUUAUUUCUUUUUGUAGAGAAAUAGUUAAUUAUUAUUUUAUUUUUAAACAACCUGUCACCACUUCCUCACCGAGACCCUUAUUGCCGGGUCCAAUAUUCACCUCUAGUACAAAAGGCUUAUUGUACCUUUUUGGUUAGCAGUUUGUUUUUGAAGACUUCAGAACCCUUUUUUUAAGUAUAGAAUAGUUUAAUAACAUUUUUCUGAAUGGCAUUUUCACUGUUUAUAUCUCAAAGAUAAAAAUAAUUAGUGUAAGAUUUUCGUAGGGAAUUUAUUUAAAUUAAUUUGUAAUAUUUGUAAAUACAUAAUAUGUUAAGUUGAAACAAAUAAUAGUGACUAAGUUGUUGUCAAUAAAUAUUUUUAUAAAAA